AUGAACGAUAGCAAAAAUAAUGUACAAGGAAUACGGCAUUUGUUGCCAGUAAUGCUAAUCUGCUUUGUAACCCUAGUCAUGUACACAAUAUUUGUUACAUUUUACUGUUUUUUGUUGUUGCAAAUAAAUGUCGAAAGACAAUACGUAGACGAAGCAUUACUAAAAGACGGAUAUAUAACAUUGAUUACUUUUCAUGUAAUAUUAUUCUUAAUGAUUUGGUCCUUUUACAAAACAUAUAAUAUAAGUCCUGGAUAUGUUCCAAAUACCCAUGAAUGGAGAGUAGAACCAGAUGUUAAAAGGAUAAAGGAAAGAGAAAAAACAGGUGAACUACGAUAUUGUGCCUACUCGAAAAUAUACAAACCAGACAGAUCUCAUUAUUGCCGAGCGAUUGAUAAAACUGUUUUAAAGAUGGAUCACUAUUGUCCAUGGGUUGCAAAUUGCAUUGGGUUUUACAAUUACAAGUUUUUUUUAUUAAGUCUCCUUUAUGCAAACAUAUGUUGUUUUUAUAUCGGAAUAAAUUGCUAUUCAUCUUUCCCCUAUUUUUACACUAAUCCCAACAUACUGUUUAAUGAGGUUUUUUACUUAUUCCUGGAAAUUGUUUUAUCGGCUGUUAUUAUAUUAAUAAUUUUCCCCUUUUUUCUUUUUCAUCUAUAUCUAACAUCGCAAAAUUAUACAACUUUGGAAUUUUGUGUGCUUGGUGACAAGGCUAAGCAAAACAUAUAUAACUUGGGUAUCGAGGAAAACUUUAAGCAAGUUUUGGGUGACAAUAUAUUAAUUUGGUUAUUACCCAUAGGAAAGCCCAAAGGGAAUGGGCUAUUUUAUAAAACAUUAUAA